CCCCUUAAAACGUGUGCAAUGACAUUGACGUUUUGCAUGUUUUGAAACAACACGUGCGGUUCAGUGUAGUUAUUGUAUUUGUUGUGAUUAAAUUAAUAAAAAUAAGUGAAAAUGAAGGUUUUAUCAGAACAAAGAACUAGAGCACUAUUCGAGAAACUCACUAAAUAUAUCGGAGUUAACGUAAAAUUGCUAAUAGACAGACCAGAUGGCACAUAUUGCUUCCGAGAGAAAAAAGAUAGAGUCUAUUACAUAUCUGAGAGGUUAUUACAACUAGCUCAAACAGUCAAACCUGAUCAUCUUAUAUCAGCGGGGACGUGUUUUGGAAAAUUCACUAAAACAAAUAAAUUUAGACUACAUAUUACCGCGUUGACGUAUAUAGCGCCAUACGCGCCUUAUAAGAUAUGGCUGAAGCCAUCCGCGGAGCAACAGUUCUUGUAUGGAAAUCAUGUUAUGAAGAGUGGUCUAGGUAGAAUAACAGAAAAUACGCCUAAACAUCACGGCGUCGUAAUAAAUACUAUGUCAGAUAUCCCCAUUGGCUUUGGUGUCGCAGCAAGAUCGACUACAGAGUGCCGACAUGCAGAUCCUUUAGCGACUAUUGCAUUUCAUCAAGCUGAUAUAGGAGAGUAUAUACGAUCGGAAGAUACGUUGGUUUGAAAUAAAUUUAGAUUUAAUUUAAA